AAUGGACUCGUAAGAUUUGGUUUGGAGUAUUUUUAACGGUCGAUAUCUUUAAAAUAUUUGGUUCAAGUAAAUUUACUUUGUGAGCUGUAAGAGUGUUAUGAAAUGCACGGACCAUAUAUCUUUGAGUUGCAGUGCAGAUCCCCUUUUGUUAUCUACCUUUUGUGAAAACAUUCACUAUUUCAAUAAUGCAGCGAAGAACGCUACCGCAAGGCUACAUCUAAGGCACUCGCUGCUCAAACUAAAACAUGCUGCUAGACUUAAAACACUUAUUAAAUAAAAACAGAACAGCUGAGACUACACCUAUGAGAAAAUACCGUUAGCAACCGCUAGCUAGCGACCAACAACAGUUUAUGUUCAAAUUCACCGGCAAAACAAAAAAGAAACAAAUGUUUAUACCUAUUUACAUACAUACAUACAUUAAUGAAGUUCAAAGGGGAGCAGAGCAGUGUGACCCCAAAUUCUACUAACCAUUGUUGUCAACACAAACAUAUGAAAAAAUUUUUUCCAGCCUUUUCAAGCACAAGGUUGCGAUUACUAAUGAGAACAAAUAUAGUUCAGUUAUUUAAUAUCUUUAACUGAGUUUUAAAAAAUGUUUCGUAAGGGAUUUUUUGUUAAAAUAGAAAUUCAAUUGCAUGCGGUAAGUGGAAUAGUUAGUAAGAACAUAACGAUUAUAAUUAUUUGUGGAAAAGCUUAUUAUCUAUUUUUAAAAUUACUCACCCAGGUGACUUGUCCUGGCGUUUGGCUUUGUACGCAUGGUUAUCUAGAAGUGACCAUCAAAACAUUGGGCUACUUCUUCCGUACGGGCGCGAUGGAACCACGUUUUCCCCUACUUUGCCAUGACAAAUUUAGCAUGGAAGGCUACUUUAAGUCCGUCGGGUCACUAAGCGACCUAGAACGCGUGCUAUCCGCCGAACAAGUAGAGAUAACAUUGUGGCAAAAUGGACGGCGCAUGGCUUACUUCUCGGGGAAGCUGGCCGACGUAAUGCAUUCGGAUAUACCUAAACUGACUUGUGAGCAUAAUAUAAAUGUGCAGUUGCUGAUGAAGGCGACACCUGCAUUUCCGGGAAUAAUUACACCAAAAGUAGAACUAAGCGCUCAUGUAGGUGUAAAGGACCGUUUAUCACUUUCCGCAGAGUUGAGCCAACGCGUAGGAAAAGCUUGUGGUAACUCAGGUUUACGUGAAUUGGAGUUUGAAGCUACACGAGUGCCUAAUCGCCAUUGUCAGCAGCAAACCUCGCCAGCUGGGAGCUGUUUCAGUUACUUGGAGGGGCGAAGGCGUCAAAGGCCCGUCUGUCAUACCAAGACAAGCUGUGGUAGCGGGUGGGUCUUAUUCAAAGACGAUAAAAUUUUUGGGUUUUUAAUACGAGUACUAUAUCAUCAAUUUUCGUCUUUAAAUUUAAGGUUUACGAGAGAUAACUCAGCAGUUCCAUGCUCAAAUGCUUUGAAUUCGUUCGAUAUGGAAGCAGUUGCAACUAAAAAUGGUGCACGUCGUCUAUCAGCCGAUUCAAGUAAUUUCAGUAAUAGUUCUUAUAACCUUAGCCAAAUGACGCGUAUGAGCAGCCCCAGUCAUCGUAGUCACUCUGUUUGUACGAUUGCUUCUAUAACAGCUGCUGAUGAGCAUCAGCGUGAAUGUCACAUUUGCCAAUGCUAUCGGAAAGUUUUCUCAUAACUCAACUUUAUCAGUUUACAGCAAGUUUACAGUAUCUCAUAAUAGAUAAUAAUAAAUACAAAUAUGAUCGUAUAGCAUGAUUCA